GUAGGCUAGUGAUAUUCUUGGCCCUGAUUGGUCACCACUUUUACAACUCAUUCUCUAAUUGGUUAGUACGCAUUUCUAAACCCUGCCCUUUCUACAAUACCAGACUGUACAAUGCAAACUGUCUCACUUUUCAGGCUUUUUCUGCAGAGAUUUCAGAUAGAAGACUGCCAAGAUGGUACGUAUGACUGUAAUUCAUUCAGAACUAUUCUUUUAUCAACUUUCUCUGCUAUCAAACUAUCUACACACUAUAUCAUGUCAAAUCCAUUGUUUAAACACCUCCCUUUAAAGGGCAAGUCAAUCCAAGGUAAUGGGACAGGGAGUUAGCUGGUAAGUUUGCGUGUAGCUCCUGAAACUGAUGUUUUCCUUUGAUACUGUGUUAUCAUGUUUAUUACUAUUACAGUACACAGAACCUUGGGACAACUGGCAUUUAAUAUGAGUCUGUGAUUAAAAUACUUUCAUUGCCAAUAUUAUUUAUUCUACUACAGUGACAGUCCAUAAAAUCAAUAUAUGGUUCAUUGUGGUCUUUUGUAAUAGUGUUCCUUAUCUUUAUGUACUUUGAAUUAUUGUGAGUGGUUAAAGUCUGGUGAUUAGUUCGAUUCAGGGUUGUAAAAAGUGAGAGGAUGACGCAUGAAUAUUCUACAGUCUUCAGAUCAGGGCUCUCCAACCCUGUUCCUGAAGAGCUACCCUCCUGUAGGUUUCCGCUCCAACCCCAGUUGUAACGAACCUGAUCCAGUUUAUCAACCAGCUAAUUAUUAGAAUCAGGUGCGCUAGAUUAGGGUUGUAGCAAAAACCUACAGGACGGUAGCUCUUCAGGAACAGAGUUGGAGUUAAAACCUACAGGACGGUAGCUCUUCAGGAACAGAGUUGGAGGGCCCUGCUUUAGAUUGUAGAAUACCCAAUAGUUCUGCAGGCUAAAAAUAUUGUGUCAGAAUAUAAAUGUGGCUAACUUUGUUGCUUUGAACCACAAGAAGUGUGUAACGUCAAUGGAUUCUAUCCGCAACGAAUUACAGAGUUUUUGAGAAUUCACUCGACUCCACCUGUUUGAUGAUUAACUAAUAAUUGAUCUGAGAUACAGAGACAGGUGGUGCAGUGUUCUAAGGUGUGGCCCAGGUAUAGGGUCUAACUACUAUAUCUUCUACGUGACUAAUACCAUGUGAUACCAGGGACAUUGACCCACUGAUACAGAGGACACAAUGCCUAUCAUUGACUAGAUCUAACCAAUGUUGUUUGAAGAGAGGUAUUAUGUGAAUCUCUAUAGCAUCAUUGAUGAUGCAGUGUCACACACACACCACAGAUUGUGGUACAGACAGAGCGUUGUGGUAGGGUCUUACCCCAUCUUUGAAUCACUAGUUUCAUCCUCUAUUUGUCCAACAGACUGAGUCUCAGUGUUGUAAACCCUUUAUGACUUUACUGUCUCCUUGUGACCACUUUGUGACAAUCUCAACGGUCAAACAGCAUUCAAACAACGUUUAGUUCCUGUUUUCCUGCUUUUAAGACCCUGUGUUCGGUAUUUUAUGACUGAUCCCAGAUCUGAUUGUGCAAACAUGGCGUGACAAUGAUCAUAGGAGUCGUCUAGUACAAACAGAUCUGGGAGCCAGAUAUGGUUUUAUUACCUGUGGGUGUUUCACUCACUACCCCAAUAAGGUUGAUCAUUAACACUGAACAAGAUAAGCGCAGAACCUAAGGUCAGGUUAAUUGUUACAUGUGCACCACAGACGUGCUGAUACGAAUCUGUAAAGCACAGGUGGCUAGUGGCACCUUAAUUGGGGAGGAUGGGCUCAUGGUAAUGACUGGAACUGAAUUAAUGGAGUAGUAUGGAACUCAUCAUGGUUUUCCACGUGUUUGAUACCAUUCCAUUCACUCCAUUCCAGCCAUUAUUAUGAGAUGUCCUCCCCUCAGCAGCCUGCUGUGCUGUGAAGUUUAUGCACUAGUACAUGCCACAGUUAUGGAUAACAAAGUUGACAGAAACACAAAGUUCAUACAGAUGUCAUUGACACUUAAGGAUGAUAAACUAAAGGGUCAUGUCAACUGGGCCUAGAUGAACAUUAUCCCUGUUAUGGGAACCAGAUUCUGCAGACCAAUGGGAUUCUUAUUUUCACCACUUCUCAUUUACUCUUAGUCUUUGCCAUUUGUACUGUUUAUUUGGCAAGGUAACUGUUUUCUGGGGUUUUUUUAUGAGCUCAGUGCAGUAAGAAGCUUAUUACUGUGUAUUUAUCCUGUUUGUUAACUCCUUAGUUGUCUAAUUUCUCCUAUCUCCUUCCUAGGCGUUCCGUGUGGAGAACAUGUCCUUCAAGCAGGGCCAGGAGAUGACGUUCACAGGGAAGACCAAGUCUGGAGCCACUAAGUAAGAUCAUGACAUUUCACCUUUCAACCCAAACACAACACAGUGUUCCCCCUAGCAUUACUCCUAGAGACUCUCCUAGUGCCUCACCCACUGCUCACUCCCAAGAUGUAGCAGAAUCCUGACACUUGGUUUCAAUUGAAUGUAUUUGUGCUUGUAGCCCUGAUUGUACUUUUGGGGUAUUUCGCAGCCCACCAACAAAAAGCAUAUAUGAGAAACACUGCAAACAGUGCACGUACAGUACAUGAAAGUCACUAUUGGUUUCAACUAUUGGUUUCAAGUUUCAGUAUUUGUAGCCCUGGAUGUCACAUUGGGGGCCUUUGCAGCCCACAAUAUAAAUUACAUACAAGUAGGUUGUCAUGGUUAUAGACAUGGUUGCAUUUCAAUUUGGCCAAACAAAAACAAACCACGAGCAUGGAGAACUUAUUGUGUUAACAUUUUUCGCCUGAAUUAUCAUAUCCAAUUUCCUGUUUCAAGUUUCAUUUUAUCUUCCACCCCUCCCCAUCUCUCUCUCUCUCCCCCCUCCUCCAUCUCCACCCCUCAUAGGUUCUCCAUCAACAUCGGCCACGACAGUGACAACUUUGCCCUCCACUUCAACCCUCGUUUUGACAACGGACAGAUCGUGUGUAACUCUCUGUCUGGAGGAAGCUGGGGAGACGAACAGAAGGAUGGCCACUUCCCCUUCCAGGAUGGAGAGCAGUUCAAGGUGUGUGUCACCAGUUUAACAUUUGAUCAUAGGGCAGUCUGGGCACACAGUCUGUUGACUCUAACUGUAAAAUAUAAUAUUUAACAGUUAGAGAGUCAACAGUCAGGCUACACUGGUGAUUAUAACUGCAUCUAUCAUAUAAGUACAUCUGAUAGAGGAGAUACGUUUUAGUAAUCUCAAUGGCUCAUAGAUUUGGCUCACUAGGAAGCCAGUGUAAACCCGCCUAACUGUUGGAUUUAAUCAUUACAAAUUAUCAUUAACCAGGAACCAUUUCAAAUAAAGUCUACAGAAAUGAAGCAGUAGAUCAUUACAAUUUGCCUCAAAGAUUCUACCCUCCCAUGCCUGACUGCUGCAGACUGCAAGACACAUUGAUGGUAAAUGAGAUUCUAAACAUUUCUCUCUCUCUCUCUCUCUCUCUCUCUCUCUCGCUCUCGCUCUCGCUCUCGCUCUCUCUCUCUCUCUCUCUCUCCUCUCUUCUCUGUCUCUCAUCCCUCCGUCCAGCUGGUCCUCAACUUCACCAACGAGCAGUUCUACAUCAAGCUGCCAGACGGUCACAUGAUGGACUUCCCCAAUCGCCUUGGCGACUGCAAGUACAACCACAUCAUGGUUGACGGAGAUGUCAAGGUCAUCAGCCUCAAGGUCAAAUAG